GGGGCGGGGCCGCGUGUGUUUACAUCCGGCCGGGGCGCGCUGCCGCCGCCACUGCCGCCUGGGAUCGUUCGGCCAGGGGUCCGAGCCGCUCGCACCAUGGACACCAGCGACCUCUUCGCCAGCUGCAGAAAAGGGGAUGUGGGCCGAGUGCGGUACCUGCUGGAGCAACGGGACGUGGAGGUGAAUGUGCGGGACAAGUGGGACAGCACCCCCUUGUACUAUGCCUGCCUGUGUGGGCACGAGGAGCUAGUACUCUAUCUUCUGGCCAACGGAGCCCGCUGUGAGGCCAACACCUUUGAUGGGGAACGCUGCCUCUAUGGGGCACUUAGCGACCCUAUCCGCCGGGCCCUGCGCGAUUACAAGCAGGUGACAGCCUCCUGCAGGAGGCGGGACUACUACGACGACUUCCUGCAGCGGCUUCUGGAGCAGGGCAUCCAUAGCGACGUGGUUUUUGUGGUGCACGGGAAGCCCUUCCGGGCACAUCGCUGCGUCCUGGGCGUGCGCAGUGCCUACUUUGCCAACAUGCUGGACACCAAAUGGAAGGGCAAGAACGUCGUGGUCCUGAGGCACCCACUGAUCAACCCCGUGGCCUUUGGGGCCCUGCUGCAGUACCUGUACACAGGCCGCCUGGACAUCGGUGUGGAACAUGUUAGCGACUGCGAGCGGCUGGCCAAGCAGUGCCAGCUGUGGGACCUGCUCAGUGACCUCGAGGCCAAGUGCGAGAAGGUGUCCGAGUUUGUGGCAUCCAAGCCAGGCACGUGCGUGAAGGUGCUGACUAUUGAGCCCCCCACAGCAGACCCCCGGCUUCGGGAGGACAUGGCCCUGCUGGCCGACUGCGCCCUGCCCCCUGAGCUCCGUGGUGAUCUCGGGGAGCUGCCCUUCCCUUGUCCUGAUGGCUUCAACAGCUGUCCUGAUGUCUGCUUUCGGGUGGAAGGUUGCAGCUUUCUCUGCCACAAGGCCUUCUUCUGCGGCCGCAGCGACUACUUCCAGGCCCUGCUGAACGACCACUUCAGAGAAAACGAGGAGCUGGAGGCCUCAGGCGGCCUCCCGGCCAUCACCCUCCAUGGCAUCUCGCCUGACAUCUUCACGCACGUGCUCUACUACAUCUAUAGCGACCACACAGAGCUGCCCCCCGAGGCGGCCUAUGAUGUGCUGAGCGUGGCCGACAUGUACCUGUUGCCGGGCCUGAAGCGGCUGUGUGGCCGCAGCCUGGCCCAGCUGCUGGACGAGGACAGCGUGGUGGGCGUGUGGCGCGUGGCCAAGCUCUUCCGCUUGGCACGCCUCGAGGACCAGUGCACUGAGUACAUGGCCAAGGUCAUCGAGAAGCUGGUGGAGCGGGAGGACUUCGUGGAGGCCGUGCGGGAGGAGGCGGCGGCCGUGGCUGCCCGACAGGAGACGGACUCCAUCCCGCUGGUGGACGACAUCCGCUUCCACGUGGCCAGCACGGUGCAGACCUACAGCGCCAUCGAGGAGGCACAGCAGCGGCUGCGGGCCCUGGAGGACCUGCUGGUGUCCAUCGGCCUGGACUGCUGACCGUCAGCUUGUGGCACGUGUGGGCCCUGCGUGUGUGUGCGCGCGUGCGCAUGUACGGCUCGUCUUUCUGUUCUUGCUCCGGUGAGGGCAUCGUGGUGGGCUGAGGGGGCUCCGUGGGGUUCGCCUCCCCCUCCGUGCCUGGGGGCCCCGAGGGGGGGUCAGGAUGAGCCCCCUCCCCCAACACAAGCCAGCCCCCAAGGCCCUGGGGCUGGGCACCGCUCAGGGAAACCUGGGGUGGGGGGUCUCUUUGGGCCUCCCUCCCCCGGGCCCCUCCACACCCCCGCUCUCCUGGCCCUGGCUUGUCUGCUUCCAAGCCAAGCCGGCGAGCAGGCUUCUCUGAGGAGCAGAGUUGGCCCACAGGGAGCAGGAAAGUCUGUGUGUGGCAAUAAAGCUUCAUUCGCUGUGGGAGCCUGAGCCCGUGUCUGGGGCGGGCACAGGAGCAGGAGUUGGGGAGGGCCAGGGAGGAAGCUCUGGAUUUGGAGGCCCUCAUGGGCCCUCGGUGCCCAACAGGGGCUUCUUGGGGACUGGCGGGGUGUGUCUGUGGGUCUGAGGAGGCAGGCCGUCUCCGCAGGGGCCCUGAGAUUCCCCAGCUGGGCCCAGCCUUUCCAGUGGUGGGACUCCCCUCAGGCCCAGCUUUUGCCUUGGGCUCCUCUUGGUGAAGUCCGACCCCCCCACCCCUGCCCUCAGUGGUCCUGGGGGAGGUUUAGUGGGAGGGCUGACUGAGCGACCACAGAGGCCGCUUCCCCCUCAGGCAAGGACCGGCUUCCGGCUUCCGAGCCCUGCAGUCCCAGGAGGAGGGCCAGGGAGGAGGGGUGGAGCUGGAAGGGGUAGGAGGAGGCCCAGGGACCCCAGCUAGCCCCAGCCUGGCUCCCUCCACUCCCCAGCCCACUGGCCGCUGGCUGUGGGGACUAACCUCUAUCUGCCCCCAGCCCAGGGCCAGCCUCCUUCUUGGGGCGGCCUCCUGGCCCCUGCGACAGGGGCCAUGACAUUAUCAGGGAUGUCAGAGGCGGCUUUCUCAGGAUACCCUGUAGGCUGCCCCCCACCACAGUCCCUUGGGUCCUGAGGCCCAGGCAGCAAGCACCCUGAGGCCUGCCCCCUUCUGCCCUGGGAACAGCAGUGGUGUCCUGGCCCUCCCUGCAGUUAUUGUUCUGUCCUUUGUGCCUUUUUACUCUUGUUUUGUCAGUUCCAGAACUUCUGGGAUCUUUUCCUUAAGCCCCUCCGUGCUUUUCAUACAUAUUGGUCUGGCAUGUUGCUCACAUGGGGUCAGCUGUAAGAUCGGAGGGGUCAGUUGAACAAGGUACCCAGUAGGCAAGAGGGUGAUCACCGUGGGGGAGGAGAAGUUGCCAAGUGGACAGCGGAGCCUGCUCGGUGGAAGGCAGGGCUUGGACAUGGGCCUGGGAGCCUGAAGAGGCCCAAGAUGAGACUGGAGGAGGUCAGCAUGGCCAGAGCCCAGGCCCCCAUUGGGGCCAGAGUUCUCACCCUGGCUCUACUUCUUACUGCCUGGUCACAGCUCCAUGCCUCAGUUUGCCCAGCUGCCUCCCUCGCUGGGGGCAUCAAAAGUGAGUUCCUGCUACUUGUGGACCACACCGGCGCAGGGGGUGAGCUUGUUGUGUAUUUGUGAAAUGCUGGGCUCCACCCAAGGUGUGGAGGGAGGGACAAGGAGGGUGCAGCAGGGGCUGACUUCAGUUUUGCAAGGUCAUUCCGCUUGCUCUGGGUACCCAGGCAGGAAGGGUGGAGCCCAGGCUGGUGGCCUAAGAGCCACAGGUCCCACCUUAGACCGCACACUAACUCCAUGUGCGCCAAGGUAUGUAGUAAGAAGUUUCAACAUAAAAAAAAAUUUUUUUUAAUUACGAUGCCUUUUUUUAAAAAAGAUUUUAUUUAUUGGAAAGCGAGCACGAGUGGGGGGAGGGGCAGAAGGAGAGGGAGAGAGAGAAUCUCAAGCAGAUUCCGUGCUGAGGGCAGAGCCCGAUGUGGGGCUCGAUCCCACGACCCCAAGAUCAUGACCUGAGCCAAAACCAAGACUCUGAUGCUUAACCGACUGCACCACCCAGGUACCCCGAUUACAAUGCAUUUUUUUAAAAAUCGAUACUAGGGACAAAAGAACUGGUAUAGUGAACACAUCUUUUUUACAGCUAUUAUUUGAAAGCGUAUUUGUUUUAUAACAGAUUGUAAGUAAAAACCUAAGUGAGGAGGUUUCAGGGGAAAUGUUCUGGAUGUGGUACUUUGCAGGUCACCGAGAGAGCGAGUCUGGGGAGCUGUGCUGGCCAGGGAGGUGGGGGGGCCAGGGGAGUCCGUGUGCCGGGGACCGCAGCCGGUCCCCUCAGCCCCUGGGUCGCAGGGGCAUCCACCAGCUACCUCAUCACACCUUCCUCCUUUUCUGGGCUACUUGUGGCCUACGGUGGGGAAGGUGUUCAGUGCGGUGUUGCAAACAGGAAACAAUGAGAACAGCCUCCGUGAGCCCGGCGGGGAAGGAAAUGGUAGUAAGGCGGUGUGGCCAAGCUUCCGGUGGUCCUGAGGAUGCUCGGUGCGGCCUGUGUACACACGGGGGUGCGGGGGCCGUCUGCCUGCCUGGCGGGGCUCCCUGCAAACCCAGGCUCGGAAACACAGGGCCGGCUGCCAGAGCGAGAGUUGAGGGUUUCAUCUGAUUUCUGUGUUGUUUUCAUGGUGUGGCUGUGUUGCAUUUAGAAUUAAAAAGCACGUCUGUCCCUCAGGUAGCAACUUUAAUUCAUUCCUGCCGAGUGGAAACAUAUGUCUGUGAGAUUUAUUGGGAAAGCUAAGCAUUCUAUCCCAGCUCGAGAUACUCGCACAUUUUUCACAGAAGGAAGAAUAGAUCAGCUGAGCGCUUACCAAAGACGCAACAAGCACAGCUUGUACGUAAGACGUAAUGUGGGGGCGGCUUGUCGCACCCCCAGGGAGAGAAAAGGAGCCAUGGCGGGCUGUGCGGGGCAGGCGAGGCACUUUGUUCUCAGGUGCUGUGUGCUGAGUCGUGCUGGAGCUCGGAGAAACAUCAGGAGUCCUGGCCCUGUCUUUAUUUAAAAUGCUGCUAUUGGGUUCAUCAUGCAUUUUUUAUGUUACUUUUAAUUUAAAUCACAUGAAAGUAUUACUUAUCUUGCUUAUAAAGAUUCUUGGUGCCCCUUUUACAUUGUGUCCCAGGCAAGUGUCUUACUUGGCCUCACCCUGGUCCUGGUCCUGACCCAAGCAGUCAUUACAUGAGGCAGGUCUGUGAUGAAUAUAUAACACAUUUUUUCAACCAUCGAUUAAGAUCUUCCCCACUUGCAAAGAAAUAAAAAUUUAAAAAAAGA